CACCAACCCGACACACGGCCCUCACGCAGACACACUCUCUCUCCUCGCAGCCCCCACGCGAGACAGGCUACGCGCCGGAACGCCGCCGCCGCGAGGGUGCGAGCUAGCCGAGGACCUCGCCGCCGUCGCCGACUGACAUGGACCCGCGCUUUCCGCUGCCGGCCGCGCCGGCGCCGUCCUCGGGCGGCGGCGGCGCACCCCGGGGGCACCACCGGCGCGCCCACUCGGAGACGUUCCUCCGCUUCCCCGAUGCGGACCUCCUCCUCGACCCGGACGGCGACUUCUCCUUCUCCGACCUCGACUUCCCCUCGCUCUCCGACGACUCCCCGGCCGUCUCCGACCCCACCCCGCCCCCGGCGCCGCCGCAGGCGGCCCCGGCGCCCGCGCCCCGCCCCCCUGGAGGGUCCCACACGCGGAGCCUCUCUCUCGACGCCGCUUUCUUCGAGGGACUCGCCUUGCAAGGCACGGGAAGUGGAGGAGGAGGUGGGGCUGGGCACAAGAGGAGCGGGUCCAUGGAUGGGGCCAGCUCGCCGUUCGAGGGCGAGUCGGCACUCUCGAGCGGCCUGCCGGACUACGCCAAGAAGGCCAUGCCCGCCGAGAGGAUCGCCGAGCUCGCGCUCAUCGACCCCAAGCGCGCAAAGAGGAUUCUGGCGAACAGGCAGUCAGCGGCAAGGUCUAAGGAGAGGAAGAUCAAGUAUACUAGUGAAUUGGAGAGGAAGGUCCAGACUCUGCAGACCGAGGCCACUACGCUGUCAGCGCAGCUCACUCUUCUCCAGAGGGACACAACUGGUUUAACUGCUGAGAACAGAGAGCUCAAACUUCGAUUGCAGUCCAUGGAAGAGCAAGCUAAACUGCGGGAUGCUUUGAACGAAGCCCUGAGAGAAGAAGUCCAGCGACUUAAGAUAGCUGCAGGGCACGCCGUGAACAUAAAUGGGAACCCCUUCAAUGGUGGACUCCAGCAGCAGAUACCAUCCUAUUUCGUGCAGCAGCAGCAACAGCAGCAGCAGCAGAUGUCGUACUUUGGUGGCCACCAGGCUCAGCAUCACAAUCAAAACCAUCAUCACCAGAGUCCAUCGAAUGGGGGCCAGUCGCUGAGUGGUCAGUCCCUAAACGACUCCAUGGAUUUCAUUUGAGGACAAUAUCAGGGCCAAUGUUAUCACAUACCAACUGCAGUUCAGCAUUGUAAAGAUAGCUAAUGUACAAUGUAUGCAUAUGCCUCAUUGGUAGGGUAGUUAGCUCUUGUAUCAUUAAUCAGCAAGUAAUUCCUGUAUGACAUAAUCUCCUUUUUUUAUCUUUGUAAUUUUUUUGGUUUCUGGAGUAAUGUGCUAGACUGAAUUAACUACCCUUAACAGUUUCUGUACAUGUUUUCUUACCAGUGGAAGCAUUUAGUUAUCUGUCAGUUCUGCUC